UUUUUUCUCCUUCUUUUCCUUUCAUUAAUUUGCUCGGUAAUCGGCCAUGCAUACAUACGUAUAAUAUCGCAUACAGCCUGUGUUUACAUGUCUCUCUCUCUCUUUCUCUCGCCUGACUCGGCCCCACUUCGGGCAACUUCGGACGCAUUCGUGUUGAUACGCGUGACACGAUGCGCACGCACGCCACCUCGUACAGCACGAGUCAAAUUCAACGAACCGAGCGGGACAGGUGCUUCACUAACAAUAGUGGUGUACUCCUUUGAAAAUAUACUUCAAAUAAUGAUCGCGUCGCUAAGCGUACUUCCAGUUAUCGCGUAAAGUUACUUGCUGUGCACGAUACAUGAACACACACACACAUCCCUCGUACACCACAAAAACGUUAUUGGGCAGUGCUUGCUUCAGCCACGGCCCGUAUACGUUUUACAAAGCGGUGAGGAUAGGAAACGGUCGCGUCCUACGUUUAGGCAGCUUCUUUCUGACGAAAUUGUGGAGCGAUGCCGACUUGGUUAGCAUCGGUGAACUUCAGCUUUUAUGGAUGGACAGUCGGGGGCCAAAUCAACCUCUGGCAUCUUUACGGCUCUACUUCUUGCCGGAGAACACCCCGGAUGGCCGAAGGGACACGCACGGAGAGGACGAGGUGCUGACGAUAUCCGAAAAGGUGGUAGUCCGUGUUCACGACCUGGUUACGUGGUUAUCACCAACCUUGGAAUGGUCGUGGGGUCGGGAGGUAUCUUAUCCACCGACACCCUCGUCUUCUCCGGAGAACAGCCCGUUGAGGUACGAGAUACCUCAGCCCCAGGUGCUCACAGAUCCUGGAAUCGAUUUCUCGGAUGUCGAGAAGCAACAGAAGGAGUUCGAGAGCAACCAUAACACGAGGAAGACGGAAUGCGGUGCCCAAACGAAAGUGGUCGUGCUAUCGUACCCGAGGUAUUGUCGAUAUCGAGCCCUUCUACGUAGGCUCGAAGGUGCCGAACCGUCCUGGCUUUGCUCGUCCGUAGCAGCCGCCCUCGGCGGGUUCACCGCCACCCCGGGCACCAGGGUGCUCUUCUGCAGGGACACCUUUGACUACCCGGAUCUAGAAACUCACGAACUCCUCUGCAAUCAUUUAGCGCCGAAAUUAAAAGGACGACCAAGGAGGAAGCGUAAAAAGCGCAGCGCAUCGCCUGGCGAGUCAAGCAACGAAAGCGAAGCCUCGGUAGCGUCUACCUCGAAGAGUGCACCAUCGACGAAUUCGAGCAUGGUGGUGCAGAGCGUCGGUAGGCCACCAUCGUCGGCUGUUCGACGUAGCGAGCGGAAAACAAGCGCGGAGGAGAAGAAGUUCCUGACAGACGUCCAGACUUUCAUGAACUCGCGGGGUACGCCUGUCGGAACGAUGCCACUGCUGGGCUACAGGCAGAUCGACCUCUUCCUGUUUUACACGAAGGUACAACAGUUGGGUGGUUACGACUCGGUUAGCGCGGGCCGGUUAUGGAAGACCGUCUACGACGAUAUCGGUGGUAACACGGGAUCCACCAGUGCCGCGACAAUCACUCGUCGGCAUUACGAAAGGUUACUGUUGCCUUACGAGAGGUACCAAAAGGGCGAUGAUGCAAAAGUUAAAUUGACUCAUGUAAGACGCGCGAAAAGUAAUAGCGGGUCCGAAGAGUCCGAGGAGGCGAAGCAAGAACCGGGCGAACCGUAUCCACCGGAAACGCCUCCGCCUAUGGAAACGAACCUUCCCGCUGUAACUUCUCCCCUUCAACCAAUUAUAUCAGCAACGCCCUUCCUUCCGGGUGAGAAACCGAAGACGGAAACUAGCAAGACGUCGUCGUUACGUAGCGUACGAGUGAAACCAGAACGAUUGAAGUCGUUGAACACGAUAAUCGCGAACAGUACGUCGUCGCCCAGCCAGCAAACCAACCAACUGCCAAGCCCGCCACCUUCCUCGAACACGUCGAUCUCGACGCCGAACAGUACACCCUCCACUACGCCGACGAACGGUACCGGAAGUCAGAGCGUUCUAGAGAGGCAAUUGAACAGCCCUCUGAUAUCGCAACAAGUACCACCGUCGUGUUCUCCACCGGGUCUACCGGUCACCACAGUAGCGACAAAUGCCUCUACGGUCGUUACCUUGACUCCACCACCCGAGAAGGAUAUGAAGGAACUGAAAUUAGACUCUAAACAAACCACCCUGCUGGCACAGGGUAAGGAGAACAUACCGUUAUUCGGUGAGAAGUCUAUAUUCGCCGAGAAGGCGAUAGUGCCUCCUAGAUCGCCAGAGGUGAUCGAUCUCGAGACGGAGAGCGACACUAGUAGGGACAAAAUAAUCAUUCCCAGUUUCAAGAAACGCAAGCUCGAGAUACUUCGCGAGGGUGGUCUCGAAGUCACUGCCGUUGACUUGGACACGCGGCCGAGCGUGAUCCAAAGCAAUCCUCCGGCUCCAGCGACCAUGAAGUCCGAGGAAAAGCCGCCAAUAUCUUAUCCGCUUCCAGUCACGCCUAACUCCAUUCCGAAAUUGAUUUCCGUCACCGUGACACCGGACAUCGGGCACAUGUUGUCGUCGCCCCAAGAGCAUCAGCAUUCUCAUCAUCAAGCACGAUUACAGACGCAGAGCAAACCGCCCCCUGUUCAUCACAGCAACAAUAAUAAUAAUGUAACGACGAAUAAUAAUAAUAAGAAUAAUAACACGGUGAACAGUCGCGUGAUAAACCUCGGCACUUCGAACAACUCGGCGUUAUUACAACUGUACGCGAACGCGAACGUACCACCACCUAGGUCGUCGACGGUGCCUCGACGAUUCGCGUGGCCGAGUCAUCUCAGCCACGACGUCGUUCCACCCAGGGUGACACAGUCCAGGUCGAUAUUCGCACACAACGAAAAGAUGGUUUACGGCGACCCGAAAGAUAUUCUCAUCCCUCCAAAGUAUCGUCCAUCGUUGCAGCGUUUGCAACUCCAGCUGCAACAGAUGCACGUGAACCACGAGUCAACGCACACCGGGGUCCUCGAUCUGACCCAGAGGUCAAACGACAAGCCGGUAUUCCCGAGGCCGAGCCUAGAAAUAGUGAAAGUACCUGUAGUGCCGAGGCCUAAUCCGUUGAACUUGGAGAUGAGGAACUCGUCGGCGAUCAAAGAGAAACCAACAGACUACUCGAAACGAAGUACCUUCCCCGGUUACCAGAACGUGCUCGAUGGUCGAACGAUGGCUUCGAACAACCUGGAGAUCACGAUCGUAAGUCCGAAACAGAAACAUAGUCAUAUGAACGGGCCGACGUCGCACAUGCGGGCACCGAGUCCGUCUAGGAACAACGCGGUACCCGUUCAGAGAAGGCAACACGCGAACGGCAAGUAUACGACGAGGAGCGAGCCAGUUUCACCGUACACGCCGAGGAAACCGAGUCACCCCGUUAUACCUAACGUACCUAAUCUGAACCAUUUGAAUUGCGUCAAUUCGUAUCCAAGGAUGGCGACGAUGCAACAGCAGAACACCAUCGACAGGAGAAAAAACGCGGAUAUGAGCGGUAGUAGAGAGCAUCAUCAGCACCACUACCAACAUCAGCAUCAUCAGCAGCGUCGAAUCAGCGAAGGCGACAAGGCAUUGAUGAAUCAACAGCAACAACAACAGCAACAGCACCAACCACAGCAACAGCAACCGGAUGUCAGGCAACCGGAUGCCGGCAGACGGCACAGUGUUCCAAGCAUACCGUCGGGUUUCGUUCCUGCUGUGCCGCAAAACAAUCAUCCAGCCUACGUUCCCCAACUGCCAAACACACCCGGCAAGUUCCUACCGAUUCUUGACCCAAUGUAUUAUUCCGCCUUCUACAACGGUUUGUUCCCGCCGCCGCCGAUUCCGCCCACGGCUGCUACCUCCGCCUUUCUACCGCCAGAGUUCAGCGCGUACUACAAAGAACUACUUGCUUCCUCGCAACCAAGACUGGGGAUGACGGGACAGCAUCAGCCGGCUGUACCGACGUCUAAAUAGACAAUUGUGCGAUCUCAUGCGUGUUUUAGGGUGUCCACCUCUGCGUUUUAGCCAAGUAACGGUGGUUUAAUUACACAAUUUCUAAAGACAUAAGAUCCGUCGGGUUUCCUCGCUACGAAUUCGUAUUUUUCCCGAGGACUUGUUCGUUCUUGCGUCGAGACGGAUUGGUGAAACGACACGAGUGGAUCCUGCGUGUAUUUACGUGAUCGUUUUAAGGAUCUUUCGGUUUGAAUCUUUAAUCCUUGCGCACCGUUCGGGUCAAACAUUUAAUCUACCAGAAAUCUAUUAACACGGUUCGCUCCUCUAGCACCCGAUACCGAGCGAGCUGAUUUUAAUUCAAAGGUCUUUUUUUUGUGAUACGAGUGUAAGAAACAUUUGAGCGGUACCCAAGGGUUAAUCGAAUUCCAAUGAAAUUCGAUUAGCGUACACGCGCAUAUCUGACUACGCUGUCGCCUAUGCUGUUUUUCUAGUUUCGUAGGUUUCUUUUUGUUCUUGUGUUAUUUUUUGAUACUAUCGCGACAGUGUUUGUUCUUUUUUUUUCUUUUUUUUUUUUUUUUUUUUUUUUGUUUCACAUUCCUAGUAGCUGCAAUAGAGGCACGUGCUCUGCUAUGUAUCAUCGACAUCAGACGCUAAAUUUUGUUCAACUGUAUCAUUCUUGCGGCUAAUUGACAUGCCCAUGGAAAUUAGUCAGCCUCCUGGGUGAAAAAUCGUCGACCCGGCAGUAUGUGAUCACGACUAAUGCACUGCUGAUUCUAAGUCAAUGUUUAUUGCAACAAUAUUGAUAUCCAUUCAGUAUUCAGUUUCUCUUCGGUUUCAUUCACAGUUUAUAUACAGGGGGUUGGGUUAGGGAUGGGCAUAUUUCAGGGGGUGGUGGUCGAGAUUAUCUCGAACAAUUUUCUCCUUUACCAAAAUUCUCUGCGAGGCUUAGUUUUUGAAUUAUUAUCAGUGUUUUUUCACUAAUAAUUCGGAAACCAAAUUUUUUCGAGAAUUUUGGUAAAGAAGAAAGUUGUUCAGGAUUAUCCCCUUGAAAGGACACCCACCCGAAACCGAACCCCGUGCAUACAAGAAAAAGUACACUGAUUGUCGUUGCGUGCUGCUGCUGCCGUGAUUAUGCAAUAAAUUAGGUGAUAAUUUUUUAUACGUAACAAUAAUACACGAUGCUUCGUCGUAAGUCGAAACGAACGAGCGACUUUUUUCGCGUGUAACUUUCGUUCUUUUCUUUCUUUUUUUUUUUUUAUAUACAUUUCGAAGAGAGAUAUUCGACGCUGUUAGAGAGAAUAAAAAAAAAACAAUGAACGUACUAAAGCACUGUGAUAACGAUCAAGAAAAAAAGGGAAGAAUACAGUUGACUUCUUUUUUUUCAUACGUAAAGGAAAAAAUACGACUUUUUUUCUACGUUUGUUCUUCACGAACCUUACGCGUAUAGCCGCAACGUCGAAUACAAGGGAAUAAUCGAAUCGAAAUAAUAAUUCUUUUUUUAUAUUUCUUUGUUUUUUUUUUUUUAAUUUUUAAAAAAAGUCUACGAGAGAAGUUGAUCCGUUUCACCGUCGUAGGUCAGAAUUCCUUCGUUUCGAACGUGCGAUGUGAUAACUAAAAUAAAUAUAUAUAUAUAUAUACAUAAAGAAUAAAUAAAUAAAGAAAAUAUAUAUAUGUAUAUGUGUAUAUGCGAGAUCUUUAGCCGACGGAUCGUAAAAACGUAUAAUUGUUUAUUGUAUAACGAUCACACAAUUCUUACGUAGUAAUGAUCGCGAAAACCCUAAUUCUAUUGUAAUAAGUUUAGUUAAAACAAUCAACAAAAAACCAUUUUCAUCGUACCAACACGUACAUACACCACUACAACAAGAAAAGUACACACUGAUCUUCAGUAGUCAGCUGUUAAACGAAAUAAGUGCACGCAGAAAAAAAAAAAAAACGGUGUAAUAGCAACGAGACACAUUGUACAUAAUGUAUAUAAUCAACGUAUUCGUUAAGCUAGAUAAAUCCACCCCCACACACCCUCAACACACCCUUACUACGAAUUCCUCUUGCAUUAUAUCUUUCAACAUUACGAUAAAGAAAAGCGUUUAAGAUUUAGUGAAAUGUGUACAGGCUGUCUUAUUUGAAUGGCCAACGAUGAUCGCAUUGCUGAGUCAAGUUUCUUGAGGUGCAAAUUUGAUAUUUCUAAGACACCUUGUACAUUCAAUCUUUCUUAGGUAGAUUGAGACAUUUACAUCCAAGUAUAAUUUUUGCACUGUUUAAUUUUACAAAAAAUCAAGUGGUUUUUUUUUAACUAUCUGCAUGUAAUAUAGAGGGUGUUUCAUUUAUCAUCACCUUGAGUAUCUUUGUUGUUGUUGGACGUAUUAAAAAUAUUAUUAGUAACAAUUAUAUGAUUCUAAGAGGUACGCGAAGUGUUAUAAAACUACAAAGAUAUUCAAAGUGACCACCAUAAAUAAAACCCUGCGAAUAAAAGAUUUCUUUUUCUAAACAGUAAUCGAACAUCGUUGGCCAUCGACGAUUCUGGUAUGAAAUAAAUAAGAAAACUAAAAACGACGUGAGAGAAGAAACACCGAUGGGUGUAUCGAUGUUAAGCGUAGACAUAUUCAUAGAAUUUGUUCGUUUUAGGAUACUCUGAUAACAGGAAAAUCACAAAAAUAAAAUGUCAGAUAACGUUUCAAGCAUUCGUAAUCCUAAGACGUGUACAAGAGUGUGAAAGAUGGGAGGAGAUCCUUCGCUGGGAUCGUUCUUAGUAAAAUCAGAUUUCUAAUAUCGAUGUCUUUCAAAAAAAAAUAAGUUGUUCAUGUUUGGAGGUUCAUUUACGAAAGAAAAAGAAGUGAAAAAAAGGGAGAGGAACGUGUGUGUGAAGUGUAGAGUUGUUUGCUAACUUAUGAUCGCGGUUUUUCGUAAAAAGCUCCUCACCCGGCGCGUUCAAAAAUUUUCAAUUUAAUUAAAAUUAUUCGGAACAUGAUCAAUUUUAAUUUUUCAUUUGAAAUUUUUGUCAUUCUUAAUUAGAAAUAUUAUUGAUAUUCAUAUCAUUAUUAAUAGUAUUUGUAUUCAUUUCAAUGCGUUAAUUUGAUCGUUUCAAUAUGAAAGAAGAAAAAUGAUUUAUUACAGAAAAAUUUCUUUUUCUUUUCUUUUCAAAUAUUCUAUCGAUCGUAUGGUGCUAUGUUGUAAAAUAUAUCUAACGAAGCUUUCUCGUUUUAUUUUUGUGCUUUUACUUUCGUUGACAAAAGAAAAACCGUCGGGAAUCAGCGGAGACCGUGAACGAUACGAAAGAACUACGAUCUUAAGGUGUAGAUCAUCACGUCCAAGUCUGAUGAAUCGUAAAAGAAAAAAAGACUUCUGAUUUUAAAACGUAUGCGUGUAAACGUCGUGGUUCGUUGUGUGAAAAUCGCGGGAAAAAGGAAGAGUUUCUUUUUCUCUUCGAAACGCGGCAAAGACGAACGAAAAAAAAGGGUGGAAGACAACAAAGUGAAGGGCUUGUGCGAGAAUACGUGCCAUAAAACUGCUUAGAUAGUGACUUUGAAAAUCGAACGAUAACGAUGGUCGUUUGUAUGUGCUUUUAAACGAGCCCUUUAUCGACUAGAAGAGACUCUAAUAAUGUGUAGUAAAAAAAUUUCAGCGAGAAAUGAAACAAAAAAAAAAA